CCGCCCACCGCGUCUCGUGUUCCCCUUCUUGGGCCGCACCGUCUUCGGAGAGCGCGCGCGCGCGCACGUACGGGCGAGGAGGAGACGGAGUAGUAGAGUUGCUGGACAAGGAGGAGGAGGAGGAGGCUAGCUGGUGGCUGCGCCUGAGUCCGCCAACCGGCAACCGCGAUGGACAUAACGGAGGUGACGGUGGUGCACCACGCCGCGCUGGUGCUGCUCGCGCUCUGGGCCGCCGUGUCGGCCGGGUGGGCGCACCCGGCGGUCUUCCUCGCCGCGCUCGUCUACCUCUUCGCGGUAAAUGAACGAUACACAAUGAGGCUGCGAAGACGAAUACAACAUGAGGAACGGAAAUGUGCAAACCAAAGAAGGCUUCUCUCUGAUGCAGAGACUGUCAGGUGGUUGAAUUAUGCUGUUGAGAAGAUCUGGCCAGUUUGCAUGGAACGGGUUGCAUCUGAGCAGUUUCUUUUGCCCAUAUUCCCGUGGUUCCUGGACAAAUUCAAACCAUGGACAACGAGGAAAGCAGUGAUCCAAGACCUUUACUUGGGUAGGAACCCACCAAUGUUUACAGAUAUCAGAGUUGUCAGCCAAUCAACUGAUGAUGACCAUCUGGUUUUAGAGAUAGGAAUGAACUUCCUAUCUGCAGAUGAUAUGAAUGCAACAAUGGCAGUGCAGCUUAGAAAGAGAUUAGGAUUCGGCAUUACAGCAAACAUGCAUAUAACUGGGAUGCACGUUGAAGGGAAGGUCCUCGUUGGGGUGAGAUUUCUCCAACAAUGGCCAUUUAUUGGUCGCGUAAGAGUGUGCUUUGUUGAGCCUCCAUACUUCCAGAUGACAGUCAAACCAUUAUUUGGUCACGGGCUUGAUGUAACUGAACUUCCAGGAAUUUCUGGAUGGCUUGACAGGAUGUUGGAUGUUGCCUUUGGGCAGACCCUUGUUGAGCCUAAUAUGCUUGUUAUUGAUAUGGAAAAGUAUGCAUCAUCUGCAUCUGAAUCAACAGACAACUGGUUUAGUGUUGAUGAGAAGCCACCAAUUGCACAUGCCAAGGUAGAGAUAUUGGAAGGGGCUGAUAUGAAACCCUCUGAUCCAAACGGUUUAGCUGAUCCAUAUGUGAAAGGCCAUCUUGGGCCCUACCGUUUCCAGACCAAGAUCCACAAGAAAACUCUCAAUCCCAAAUGGAUGGAGGAAUUUAAAAUACCAGUAACCUCAUGGGAAGCUCUGAAUCUUCUCUCUCUUCAAGUUCGAGAUAAGGAUCCCAUCUUCGACGACACACUCGGUGAUUGCUCCAUAAGCAUCAACAAAUUAAGAGGUGGACAAAGGCAUGACAUAUGGAUAGCUCUAAAGAAUAUAAAGACAGGACGGAUUCAUAUAGCGGUAACAGUAAUUGAAGAUGAAAAUGAAAAGCUUCCUGACGAUGAAGAGGAGCAGUGUGGAACACCCCAGGGGGGCAAAGCAAGCACACCAAGGUCUAGCUUUUCAUCCAGGAUCAACAAUGAAAGUGAAUCGUCUGAGGAGUUCCGAAAGAUGUCUGAUGAAUAUGAGUCAGUUGACAUUGAAGGCCUAGAAAAGGCUGAUGUUUGGGUACAUCGCCCAGGUAGCGAUGUUGCAACCACUUGGGAGCCUCGGAAAGGACGUGCAAGGUGUCAAGAUUCUAAAAUCCUGCGGGUGAAUGAUGCCUAUUGUGACAGUCCAAAGUCUUGCCAAUCAGAAUCUCAGAGAAGUGACUCUAGUACUGAAGAACCAUCCAAUGGCAAAUCACACCGUCAUCUCCGCAAGGUGAAAAAGGGUUUGGGGAAAUUAGCAGGAGCUGUGUUCAAGAACCCAAAGAAAGAGAGUGAUGAUGAAGCCUCGCCAUGUGUGACCCCUCACCCAAAUAUAAAACCACUUGGAGAAAAAAGGGUGUUGGUAACAUAUGUUGUCGAUGAAGAUCUUUGUGAAAACCUGCCAGACGACCAGCAUUCCAGUCCUGAGAAUGGCGAGUUGGAAAGUCCGACCAAGAGGCAUUUGAGGAAGAAAGCAGUGCACCUGGUGAAACAUGCAGGGAACAAAACCGCUCAUAACCUGAAGAACAUGUUCAGCAGGAAAGGCAGCGACAAAAGCAAAGAAGGCCAAGAUGACCAGAUAGAUGAUCCCGACACGACGAUAGUAGUAGAACCUUCAAAAGUUGAGAAAGACGACCCUGAUGUGGCCGAGCUAGACCUUUCAAAAGUUGAGAAAGACAUCCCCAUUUCGACAGCAAUCGACCCUUUGAAGGUUGAUUCUGAUGUGCCCAACAGCAAUGUGGUUGAUGCACAAGAGUUUGCGUCUGAUGGCAAGGACAAACCCCAGUGAAAUGUGCUUGUGCAUUUUUGGUAUUACUCGACUCCUGCUGCUGGGACUCUGCCUGUAGGCAGGAUAAUGGGUGAGUAGUGAGAACAUAGUCUGAUAAGAGUCCUGAUAGUGAGCGUAGAGAGGUGGCAAUAUAAUCUGUUUGGUUGGUUGAGUCCUCAAUCUACCUGGCCGCCGAUGUUUUUCUUGUAUUUAGAUGCUCGAGGGACAAAUUCCUGUACAUGUUUAGUGUAGCAUGAUAGAACUGUUUACAUUUGGGGGGAUGGAAAGCAUCAGGCC